AGACGAACUAUGAUUUUAAAUUCAAUGUGACCAUGUAAAUCGCAAAUGGGAUGGAAUUUUCAAAAUCAUCCAGGUUUUAUGCAAUUUGUUUCGGUAGAUUAAUACCGAAACAAAUAGUCCAGUUUUGAGUGAUAAAGACAAAAACAAAUCUGAACGUCAAAAAUGAACCAACACAAAUUCGAAAAUGUUGUAAAGCCACCUCUUACUACGCUAGCAUACAGCUGGCCCAGUAGGACAGCGUGCGAGAGUGACAGAGAAUACGACGAAGCAGUUUAGAUGGCAAAUAUCGAGUAGCUAGUAAUAUUGAUGUGUUGUGAUUGUGUAAAAUACAAUUGUGUUUCGUAUUUCCAGCUUUCCAAAACAUUGAUCAGAGAAGAAAAGUAGAAUGAUACAUUCCACUCAGUUAUCUAUUGGCAAAGCCAAAAUUGUGACGAAAGGUGUUUUGAGAAUAAGGAAUAGAAAGUCGUAUUUGAUUACUCAUAGUUGUGGAGAAAGAAGAAAAUGUGUCGUGAUACGUGAUGACAGAUCAAAAUCAUUGCAAAUUGUUUCUAGUUUGCGAAUAGAUAGUAAUGUCUGCUUCAAAUGCUCAUUUUUCGCAUGAAUGUUAGUUGUUUUUCCAGACCCUCAAUCAAUGCAAGUGUUUGUGAAGAAAUUCGUGUGUGGAUAUCGGACCUGGAAAAAGUGAUUUUCUAAAUAAUUGAUGUUUGCUUAGUAUUUUCUGAGAAAAGAAAGAAUUAAUUCAAAGGGCGUAUCUGACAAAGGCUCGGAUAUGUUUAAUUUCAUGAAAAAGGGUGUUGGAGUGGGUGACGAUCGUGACGAAAAAGAACGCCGGAAAAAAGAGAAAAAACUCCGAAAGGAGGGCAAAGGCGCUGGCGUAUCUGGAAGUAUGAGCACAGAGGAGCUGUUACGCUUAGAUGAGGUGCGGAGAUCUCUGAAAAUACGAGGGCGUCGAAAAGAGAAAGAAAAGUUACCAAGCGGUAUAACUGCCGAUUAUAGUGCAUCCUUCUUCGCCCAGCUUGAUUUGGAUCGUGAGCAGGAUCGUGGAAAUGAGGAAGUGGUUGCUUUGGCCAAUACAACCACGUAUAUUGAUAGUAACGGCGAAAUGGUUGAACGGGUGUCAUUUACGGCCACUAAUAUCUCCCAGUCGGACAGUUCUGAAACAUCUAUGAACUCGAUCACGGUCAACCAGACAAAAGUUUUACCAGUGGUUCCUCCUCGGCCACCUAAAAGAGGCAUUCUUAAAGGAUCACGUAUGAACUUAAACGAAUCUGGUUCGGAUGGCGGUGGCUCAUUUACCUCGAUGUCCCCCGAUUCUAAAACAGUUUUAAUGAGAAAUACGUUGCAAAAUGAGCGUAUUUCGUAUCCACAGCAAUCCCGAUUCUCGGCUGAAAACUUAAGGCUUGCUGCAGAAGCAAGUCCAGGGAACGCCAACCACCUACAUAUUACGACUUCCCCAUCACCUAGUGCUGAUAGUUUGACUGAUACAACGAACUCCUCUUUUGCAACACCGCCAUUCUCACUUAGCCCUGUCGGAGAAUCGCAAGGCUCUUAUCGAUGGUCGCGGGUUCAAACAUUCGACGAUGUCAGCCUGCCGUUACCAGCUAUAAAACUCGUCGAGCUCCCACCACCACGGGAAUUAGUUAUAAAUAGACAAAAAACCCCACGCAACGAUUUUGGGUUCAGUUUAAGAAAAGCAAUGGUUUUAGAUCGAAAUCCAUCUCUGCUUGCACCUACAUUCCGACCUGUAAUUUUCGCUGAGCCGAGCACCAAUAGCUGCACUUUAACAGGGUUACUACCCGGUGAUCGAUUGUUGAAAGUGAAUGGGUUGUCCGUCGAAGAUCUUCCUCGAGCGACUAUUAUCGAAAUGAUCAAAAAUAGUGGCGAUAGCGUUGUUGUACAGGUACAACCGGUGGCUGAAUUAGUAGAGCUUUCUCGCCGUUGUAUGACUAUUAUCAACGAUGAAACAGACAGAAUUUCAUCGGUAGAUGUUACCGAAUGCAACACUCUGCGGCGUAGUGCUAGUAAACGACUAAAAUCUGUGACGAAGUUGAGUCAGACAACCAACCAAUAUAAUGAAAAUCCUCAGGAUAUCGGCGAAAAAGUGUGGUUAAUCCAUCGGGGAGGAUUUACGUCUGCCUCGAAAUUACCACACAGUAUUUCGUCAGAUCCAGGCAAAAUAUUAGUCCAGCUCGAACAUAAUGGCGAAGAACUGGCCAUCGAUGAUGAUGACGUCGAGAAAGCCAAUCCAGAAUCCCUGGACCUGGUGGAGGACAUUUGUCAGUUGAAACACCUUAAUGAGGCAUCAAUACUGCAUGUAUUGCGUCAGCGCUACGGAAACAAUUUGAUUCACACACGAGUUGGUCCAGUGUUAAUGGUGGUCAAUCCAAUGGCGCCCCUUGCACUGUACUCGGAAAAGGUUGUAUCGAUGUUCCGUGGGUGCAAAACGGAAGACAUGCCACCGCACGUUUUUUCUCUAGCACAAACAGCAUAUCGGACAAUGCUUGAAACACGUCGCGACCAAAGUCUCAUCUUCAUGGGUCGCUCUGGUUCUGGAAAAACUACUAGUUUCAAGCACGCAUUGUACUAUCUGGCAUUGGCAGCAGGUAUGACCAACAAAAUACUUUCGGCAGAGCGAGUGAGUGCAAUGAACACCAUCCUGGAGUCCUUCGGAAACACUAAAACUUGUCUCAAUUCGAAUGCUACCCGGUUUACUCAAAUUCUGAGUUUGGAUUUCGACCACUGCGGUCAAAUCGCAUCAGCCUCAGUGCAAAUAUUACUUUUGGAAAAAUCCCGGGCUGGAAGACGAAGUAGCAGUGAACAUCACACGUUUCAUGUCUUUGGACGGCUGCUGGCAGGCGCUGAAGGUCAUCUUCAGAAGGAACUCUAUCUGGAUAGCAUAAACUUCGACGAGAAUAAUCUGUUCGUUACGUUACCAACUAAAUUGGAGGAUAAACAAAAUGCAUCGAUAGAUUUCGCACGACUGCAGCAAUCAUUUAGUGUGCUGAAUGUUGAUCAAUCGUCUGUCAAAAGCCUGUGGUAUAUUAUAGCAUCCAUAUUUCAUCUGGGGAACGCAAACUGCUCCAUUGUAGGAAAUGGUCCGACAGCUCGUAUUCAAUUUGCUAAUCCAUCAUCUGCGCGAAAGGCAGCAACUUUAUUGGGAAUAUCGAUGGAAGAUUUGACAAAUGCUGCAUUUUCGAAUGCCACAGCAAAAUCAAAUCCUGGAUCACCGGUAAAGUCUGCCUUAACUGCAGAACAAACCGAUUUAGAAGUCGCGGCUUUGGAUAGUCUGGAAGGAUUCGUGAUAGGAUUAUACUCAGAAGUAGUGGCAGCUGCGGUUGCAUUAAUCAAUAAAGUUAUCAGUACAUCGAAUAACACUAUCGCAUCUAUACUUUUGAUUGAUACACCUGGCUUUCAAAAUCCAGCCAGUUGUGGUCAACAGACUGGCGCUUCCCUCUCGGAUUUAAGACAUAAUUAUUUACAAGAGCGUUUGCAAUUGUUAUUCCAUCACGUUACAUUAGUUACUCCACGUAAUCGAUAUGCACAAGAAUUGGUAGAAAUCGAUACCGGCAUAUUACAUGAUACAAAUCCAGCACCACUGGUGAAUUUACUCGAUAAAGCACCACAAAAUCAUGUGGUAAGGACAUCCCAAAAUAACCUUCGUGAUCAGGAUAAACGUGGCCUGCUUUGGAUGCUGGAUGAGGAGAUUAUAUAUCCAAACGCCAGCGAUGACACAUUCAUAGAACGGUUGUUCUCUUACUACGGAGAUCGUGAGCAUCAAUCACUGAUUCGAAAGGGAGCUGGAACAAGACAAUUUAUUUUGCAGCAUUUGCAAGGAACAAAUCCUGUAUUGUAUAGCUCAUCCGGGUGGCUGAAAGGAAGUCACGAACAUGCAUCAACAAAGUGUGCAAUAAGUGUUCUGCAGGACAGCAAUAGAGCUGAAAUCAGUGGUCUUUUCACGUCAGGAUUCACGCGAAGUGGUGGAACCGUUUAUUUCGGUUCGAUAGUCGGCACAGAAAGUACACAGUCGCUACGGCGUGUUUCGAGCAUACGUAGGUCCUUCACGUCAGCUGGAUUUAAACGCAAUUCGGUGAUGUUGCAAGUCAAGUUCACAGUUGAUGGCAUAAUAGACACCUUAAGGCGUACUGGGACGCAUUUUGUUCAUUGUUACUUGUUAGAGCAUAACGCCGGUACUACCAACUGUAUAAGUUUGAACACCAAAGUAUUACAUAGCGAUGAGGUGGUUAAUGUGCCCUUACUAAGAAGUCAGUUACGAGGCUCACAAAUAUUGGAUUUCGCUAGACUCCAUCGGUUAGGUUUUCCGGUUAGCGUACCACUCUCUGAAUUCACCCGGCGUUUCGGUUUACUUGCCGAUGGAUCACUUGGAGACAUAACAGUGGAAAAUAUUCUGAAUAACAACGAAAUUGAUUCUUCCGUUUACAGGAUCGGACCAAGCCAGGUUCUGUUUCGGUCAGGUGUACUGAAUCAGCUGGAAGCAAAACGCGAUGAACUCCUCUCUGAUCGAAUCAUCCAACUCCAGGCGUACUGCCGUGGUCAUUUGGCUCGAAAAAGGCUGACCCAGAGACGUGUGCAGGAACUCGCGGUCAAAUGCAUUCAACGUAACGUGCGAGCUUUCUUAAAAGUUCGUGAGUGGCCCUGGUGGCGACUGUUAGUAAGGGUUACGCCGCUGUUGAAUGUGCAUCGUACCGAGGAGCAGCUGAAGAUUGCAACCACCGAAUUGCAGAUACUGAAAGCCAAGCUGGAAAAAGUGGAGAGCGAGCGAAAUAGUCUUAAAGGGGAAAAUACGAAGUUAGAAUCCAGGUUAUCAGAAAUGACUGCCGAGCUGUCAGAGGAACAUUCUUCGUCCAAUCUGAUCAGCGAACGACUCGAGGCAGAGACGACGGAAAGACUUAGGCUCGAGAAGGAGGUGAAGGAACAUGAGGCUAAAUACCGUAACCUGCAAGAGUCGUCCGAGAAACUUGAAAUGGAAUUAAUUUGCGCCAAAUCAGAUUUGAACGGGGACUUAGACGAUGACCUUGAGGGUGAUGAAAACGGAAGCAGUGCCUACCGAAUGAAAUACGAGCGUGUAGCCCGUGAGUUGGAGUUCACCAAGAAGCGCUUGCAAACACAGCAUGAGCAUGACCUGGAGCAACUAAUUGGACUGAAAAAGCAGUUAGAGAAAAAGCUUGCUGAUGCUUACGAGGAAGUAGAAGAGCAGCGACAGGUAGUUGGUCAAUGGAAACGCAAGGCGCAAAAAAUGACCAACGAAAUGAAUGACUUGCGGAUGCUGCUUGAGGAACAAAAUAGUCGAAAUAAUUUACUCGAGAAGCGUCAGCGAAAGUUUGACUCUGAAUGCCAAGCGUUACAGGAUUCUGCCCGCCAGGAGAAACAAGCAAAAGAACGACUCACACGAGAGAAAGAUGUUCUAAUCGCUGAAAAAUUCACGAUAGAACAAUCAUUAUCGGAUGUCCGCCUGGAAUUAGAGUUGAAAGAGGAAAAAUACAGUGCUCUGCAAAGAGAACUGGAGGAGAUGACAUUCGGCGGUGGAACUGAGGAAGAGAUAGCUCAACUUAAGCGUCAAAAGAUGGAGCUGGAUCGACGCUGUAAGGAACAGGAAGAAGAGUUGGAUGAAAUGGCGGGACAGAUACAGCUUCUAGAACAAGCCAAAUUACGUCUGGAGAUGUCGCUCGAAACGAUGCGAAAAGAUUCGCGGAAAGAGGCCCAACAGAGGGAUGACGAGCUCGAAGAGGUCCGCGGUAGUUCGUACAAGAAAAUCAAAUCUCUGGAAUGUCAGCUGGAGCAGGAACAUGAAGAACGAACGUUAUUGCUGCGGGAAAAACAUGAACUAGAACGGCGUCUCAAUAAUCUUGAGGAUCAGGACAGAGCCGACCGAGCCGCAGAGGAGCAUGCCUCUCAGAAACUCAAACGAGAUCUUAGGAAAUACAAAGCUCUUCUUCGCGAUGCACAAAGUCAACUCGAGCGUGUAAAAACUGAUUCCGCUGGUAAGACGCUGAUACGUCAGCUUCGCAACCAGCUGGAAGAUGCAGAAUCUGCACGUUCAGCAGCCGUGAAGGCACGCCAGGUGGCCGAAAAUGACCUGCAGGAUGUCCAGUCGAUGCUUGAGGAAGCUCAACGCGCACGGUUCGAUGCUGAAGAUAAGGCCACAGCUGCCCAGCGGGAUCGUACUGAGCUUCAGGCGCAGAUCGAUGAAAACGACGAAGAAAUGGCCGAAUUAAUAAAAAAGUAUAGCACCACCGUCAAACAGUUGAGUUCCGAACAAGCUAUUAUUGCCGACUACGAAAUCAAAAUUUCUGAGCUCGAAACCGAGAAGAAAUCCCUCAAGGAGCAAAUUUCUGACCUAACAUCGCGUUUGGAAAACGUUGAAAAUAUUAGUGAUUCCUCAUCUAGUAUACAGUUGAAACGACUUGAGCUACGUACCAAAGAAUUAGAAUCGCGGCUCGAGUUUGAACAAGCUACCCGUGCUCGAAUGGAGAUCCAGCUCAAUCGACAUAAGGAUUCGAUCGAGAAGGCACAAAGUGAAAUGAACCAAACGAGAAACAAAGAAAUCCAUGCACAGGAAGCUCUGAAGAAAGCACAGAAGACUAUCAGAGAAUUGCGAGAGGAAUUGCACUCUAUCACGAAUAAAGAACACGAGAGUGUAGUCAAGCGUAAAGAUCUCGAAAAGCGGUUGGAGAGUGUCGAAGCAGAAGCAGCUUCUGCGCGAGCUGAUCUCCGGUUAGCACUUCAACGAAUUGCCGACCUGCAGCAGGCAAUGGAGGAAGGAGAUUCUUACCAUUCUGACAGUGAAAAUAGCGAUAGUUCUAUCGAUUCAAUGAGUGAAUUGAAUUACUGCAGAUCGAGUAAUAAUUCGUCUCUGCGAGCAAGGUCUGGCGAGGUAAAUGGUACUAGUAGUAAUGGAGGAAGCACAACAUUGUGUAUUCGAGAGGAAAAGGAGAAUACUCCAAGGAUAAGAUCAAAAUUUAAGGGUACUUGUCUAAGACGCAGACGACUUCCGUUCACUAUUAAGGAAGAAGAAGAAGAAGAUGAAGUGUCGCUGGAUUCGCUUCAUGCAAGUGUCGAGCCUAGAGAACGGAAAACGAUAAAGGAUGAUGAUGAUGAUACAAUUGGAAACUGUAUCGAAUCAAUAAGAAAGGCUUUAAUCGAUGGUGCUAUGCAAUCAAACACUGAACUAAGAGUACCUCCGAAGCAUACAGGUGCUAUCAAGAAAAUUUUUCAAGUUCAAAGCAAAAGCAAUGAAUCCAAUUUAGCCGAAGAACACGAAGGAGUUAACAUUCCAAAUAAUCGAACUGAUGCUCAUUGCAACCCAACCGACAACCUGUCAGACAGUAAUAAACAAUUUACUUCUGAGUCUUCGACAGAUACUGAUACGAGAAAGCCUACUAAUUCGACGGAGCACUGCUCCAAUGAUGAUUCUCGAUUCGAUUUCGAAGCACUAAAAUCGAUCAAAGAGAAAAUCAAAAAUUUAAAUCGCAACUUGAAAGAGGAAGCAAUGCAGGAAGCCUGUUCUAAGACUGACUGUUCAAAUUUAACUGCUAGGAUGCAAUCAUUCGAACUAUCUAAAAAUGAAUCGCCAAACACACGCAUGAGCAGCUUUGAUAAAUUAGAUCAGAUUGAUUCUCAACUCAACUUGGAUGGAAUAAGAUUGAUGAAGGAGAAAAUACAAAAGAUGAAGAAAAAGCUUCAAGAAGAAUCAUCAUCAGUCACGAAAUCGUUAAGUACGGAGGAGAUAACUGGAGAAAUAAACGAGAUGAAAAAAACAUUGACUGCAGCAUUUAUAAGCAAGAACGUUGAAAAAGACGCUCUUCGUCAAUCGUCUUCCCGAGAAGAGUGCAGCUCAUCGAUGGAUCACAAUUCCUCUUCAUCAAGUAUAGCAUCUUCUAUCUUUGCGCCGACAUCAUCUUCUGCAACAUUAUCAAAUUUGAGAACGAAAGCAUCAGCUGCAGAUUCUGAGAAUAUAUUUGAAAAGUCGGGUUCCAUCACAACAACUCCAUCAAAUGAAGGUGGAGUAAAUGCAAACUAUGUGAAUGACGCUGCUGAUAAUAAUAACGAUUUGCUCGAAUGCUUGCCUCAAUGUUCUAAUCCAAUUCAGCUUGCAGCUGUGCUAAUGAAUGCUGAAAACUUACCGAUAGUUUCCGUUGACACAUUUCAAAAAAUAUCUAUUGCAACUAACAUAGCGAAAACUGAAGAUGAAGAAUACAAUGUAUCAAGUAGUCUAGAAAGCGAGGUUCUUGUGAUGGACAACAACCCCGAAUUGCGAAGCAGUUGUGAAAUGCAAGAAUAUAUCCCUUUGGAGAAGGACCGAAACACAACCGAAACUAUUGUAGACCAACAGUGUAAUGACAACGAUAAGGAUAGUGUUUGCGAAAAGAUAGAAAGUCAAGAUGAAACACAAAAGGUGAACCUCGAAAAAAAUGCUACAUUUUUUCCUAACAAGUAUGACAUUCAAACGGCGUAUGACGAGAACUUGCAAUCAGAAGCAGAUACGGCGCACCUGGAAAUCGAUGAAAAUUCUGGAAAUUCAUCGCAAAUCCUGAACAAAGAUCCGGAAUGUCUGAUCACAGAACAACAAGAAGAUUUGUGCCCGGCACCGGAUUCGGCAGAUGAAAAACCAUGUCUGUUGGAAGAAUUCCCUUCACGCCAAACAUCUGAGGACAUAUCUCAAGUUUGUACAAAUUCAGAUGUACAAGAAGUAAACAAAGUGUCCACAACAUGCCUCAGAAAUAUUUGCGAGAACACUGCUAUGUGUCGUUGUGAAAAUAUAGAUCAAAUUGUGAUUAUGUUGACGAAUUCGAUGGAAAAAGUGGAACGUUUACCAUCAAACUUUCAAAAUAAACUUGGAAAUGAUGAGAAUAAUAAUUCAAACAAUGAAAAAGUGUUUUUACAAACAGGUGCGCCGGGUAUCACGACGAAUGGAAAAUACAACCAAGAUGACACUGAUCAAGCAAAUGUUGAAAAUUCAGUUUGUACAGAAAAACUGGAACACGAAAAAGACACAAAAGCAUUUAUGUCAAUGCCUGACGUAUAUUGUACAAUUGAAACCAAAAUUCAUGCCCAACUGGUGUCCUCUAAUGAAAUUGAGGAGGAAGUCAAUCAUUUCAAAACUGAUAACAACAAUGAAACUAAUUCGCAAGAAAAAGUGACAACUGGAGAACAGAAUCUCACUAAAAAAGCAUUUUCGCAAUUUAUUGAAAGAUGUAACCAAGAUAAUAGUGAUCAGACAAAGGUUGAAGAUUCAGUUUGUACAGAAAAUUUAGAAAAUGUUUUGUUAAUUGUCGAAAAAGACACCGAAGUAUUUAUGUUGAUGCCUGGCGAUGAUAGUACAUUUAAAACGAAAAACCAUGACCAAAGUAGUCAAUUGGUGUCUUCUAAUGAAGUCAAAGAGGAAAUAAAAAUUGAUAACAACAACAACAAUGAAACUAGUUCGCCAGAAAAAGUGACAACAGGUGAACAGAUUCUCACUAAAAAAGUAUUUUCCAAUCAUGGUUCGUUGAAACGGAAACCAAAGCAAAUGGAUUUGCCUGAUUCUUCUAUCCCAAGCCCUAGACGAUCAUCCUUACAAAAUUCUUCGUCGACGAAAACGAUUUAUUCGGAUUUAGCUAAAGGUAAUACUCUUAAAACAGCUCAAGUUUCAUCGCAAUUACAAAAUGCCGAAACAGUUGAUUCGUCUCUAAAUGUUACAAAACCUAUUGACAACAUAACGAAUCAUGUAAGUGAGCGCACUUCAUUAGUUGAUAGAACGGAUUUGCUUACUGAACGUUCGUCUUCUUGUUCUAUUGUUCCCCUAUAUGCGGUCGCAGUGUCAAUUGAUGUGACGAACUCCAAUGUACCAUCGGCUGUGGGUGUAGAACUACCCACGACUGAUCAGCAAAAGCCACUCACUUAUGCAGAAAGCUUGAGAAAAGCUCGAACUCCACCCAAAACACAGGGUGUGCCAGUACGAGUUCCUUCGGUUGGAACGAUUGCUUCUAGAACAAACGCAACAAGGAAUGGAAAACAACAAAUACAACAACAAAAUCAACAGCAACGAGUGAGACACUUGAGUCUGGCUCGUGGAGGAAAUAACCAGAAACAAGCAUCUGAUACGAUAAGACAAAGUAAAUCAGCAUCGAGACUUAGUACGAAGCCAUCCAACUCAAAACAAACAUGUGCUAAACCAAGCGUUUCGUUGUCGCCGGCUCCGAACAAUGCAUGUCUGCGCCGUAAUAACACGCUAGGUGCUCAAAAUCUGAAUAAAUCCAGCUCAAAUCUAUUACAGGAGAGAAAACAAAACGAAAACACGAUCAAAUCAACAAGCAAGCAGUCAAAAGAACAAAUUAAUCAUGCAAAUAGCAGAAACAGGAACUCCACUAGGAAGUGAUGGGCGUUACAGUCUCAGAUUGAAAGAAUUACUCUCACAACGUCGUCCAUGAUGAUUUCCAAAUCACCAACGAAGGAACACGGUGGCGGUGCCAGUAAUCGAAUUGCAAAUGGCGAUGAAAGCAACGGAGAAUCCUCUUACGCUUGAGGACAUUUGGUCUGUCCA